CGGACUAAUGUUAAGCAUCUGGAAUGAGUUUUGUCAUUUCUCUUUCAUGCACAAUAAUGCAAUAAUGACAGGUGCUAACCGACAGAUUUUAAGUGACUUGUCCCUCUGCUUUUGUCCCUCUGCUUUGCAGGAUGCAAAACAGAAUGGGACGAGAUUGGAUGCUGGCUGAGGGCCGAAGCUGGGCAAGUUGUCAAUUUAUCUUGCUCUGAGGUCUUCCAGCAUUUCUCCAGCAAUCAAGGGUUUGUGUACAGAAAUUGCACUGCUGAUGGCUGGUCUGAAAUGUAUCCAACUUAUGAAGACGCCUGUCAUUUCAGUGAUGACAGUGAGCCUGAAUCUGAGACAAGUUACCUCCAUACGUUCAGACAGGUCUACACUGUAGGGUACGCCACCUCACUCAUCACUCUCCUGACAGCUAUAGUGGUGUUUGCAGGUUUCAGGAAGUUUCGCUGUACCAGAAACUACAUCCACAUCAACCUGUUUUCCUCAUUCGUCUUGAGAGCCAGUGCUGUGUUCAUUAAGGAUGCGGUGCUGUUUGCAGAUGAAACUCUCGACCACUGCUCYGUUUCUACGGCUGGGUGUAAGUCAGCUGUGGCUUUUUUCCAGUUCAGCAUCCUAGCCAAUUACUUUUGGUUGCUGGUGGAGGGCAUGUAUCUGCAGACCCUGCUGGCCCUCACUUUCGUCUCUCAGAGGAAAUACUUCUGGUGGUACAUUCUCAUUGGAUGGGGUUUUUGCAUCAGGCGGCUGGCUAAAUCAACCCUGUUCCUCAUUCCUCUGUUUGGGAUGCACUACACUGUGUUUGCCUUCCUGCCUGAGAACACUGGAGUGGCUGCCAGACUGUACAUCGAGCUGGGCCUGGGAUCCUUUCAGGGAUUUGUUGUGGCACUUCUUUACUGCUUCAUGAAUGGAGAGGUCCAGGCAGAGCUCCGGAAAUGGCUUUGGAGGUGCCACAAUCCAAAUCUCACUCCUGCUAAGAGAAGCAUCACUCAGGUCACAAUUCGAACCCACGGGGGUUUGGGUUUGCCUUCGUCUAGUGCCAACAUUUCUGCUGUGUAGUUCUUGUUUGUAAAAGGAGGAAAAACAAUUCUGAAUGUGAAGAAAGAAUAAAAGCRUGGCAUUCCUCUGCUGAAAAUGACGACGGCAUAACUUCAACUGUUGUUUUACAUAAGAUACGAAAGCAGAAGAAAAACAGAGUCUGACCUGUGGAGGCGUUAUGGUGCCAUCGUGAGACAGCAAGCAACAACUGAGACAGAGCUGGUCCAGGACCGGAGAGGAUUUCAGAUGCUUGAGUUUACAGGUUGUAAAUAAAUGAAUGAGCUGAUUUGUCCACACAGCUUUAACUUUACUCUAAUUGUUAUUUUAAUGCUAACUUUAGCCACAGGAGCAUCUUCAGUGGUGUGAAACUCAUUUUCAUUUGAGGGCCACAUCAAGAUAAUAUUAAUCAUGUGGCAGAAUGUAUAGUAUUAUAGUGUUGUCUGUAUUCAAUGAGUACUUCUAAAAAUGUGAUCACAUUUAAUAUUCUUUACCAUUGAAGUAAUUUGGCACUUUACAAAUAAAGCAGAUUUGAUUUGAAUGAUAAAAUARUAUUUAAGAACAAAGCUAGUAUCUUGAAUUUCUUGAAAUAGUUAUGGUUGGCCAGAUUUGGCCUGUGGACCUUGAUUUUGACACAUGUGCCUUAGAUGUCUUGUUGAAAACCACAGCACUUGUACAUGGAUUAUUUCACACACCACUUAGAUUUUUGAAAGAAAGCAUUAGAUUAUGUAUUAAAUGAAUCCACUGUACAAGUUGUUAACAUAUUCAUUGUGCAUGGAGAUAGAAAUAAAACUCCUAUAAAUUUACAGAGUCUGAAAAAAUGUCAGUCUUGGGAAAGUACAACAACAUACCACAGAUUUAUUUUGCAGUUAGUUCACACAAGUAGACGUGGAUGUUGGACAUCAGUACACUUACACGUGACUCAGUAUUACAGGUUGAACACAAGAUGAAAGUUUCUACAUUGUUUUUCAACAUCUAAGUUUAAAUUCUUUUGAAUGCUUGUCGUUACGUACAUGCAUACAGAUUACAUUCUCUCAAAUUCCCAGUCACCCACAUACACUCUUAAAACUGGACCAUAAACAACUUUACAAAAAACACUGUCACAAACAUUGUAGAUUUUAGUCAAAGAGUCCACCUGUAUGGCAAAAAUAUACACUAUUUAUGAUAGAGAAAAGACAUCAUUUGUACACCAGAGCAAAUUGAUAGCAAGGAACAUCUAAGAGCAGCUGAGAAGCAAUAACUCUACAUUCAAAAAUUCAUUGACAAUCAGUAAAACUCACACACACACACGCACACACACAGUUGACCAAACUGGCUCAGCAAGCCACAGCAGUUGAAACUGCAUGUUAACACAGAGAUGCAUCA